AUGUCCCGACCUAUCAAGCGCCAGAACUACCAAGCAGGCGCUGUCUGCAACAUGGCAACUCCACUUCCGAGCCUCUCUCUUUUGGAUAAAGUCAAUCGUAGCGAGAUUGACACUGUCAAAAUUGUGAACAACUGGUGCUCCUUGGUUGAGCAAUGCAUUACUCGAAAACACCUUGCUGCUGCAUCGGAAGUCUUCAUCGAUGAUUGCUGGUGGCGAGAUAUCCUUGCCUUUUCGUGGGACAUCACCACAAAACAUGGUCAGGAGUCGAUUCGCGAGUUAUUUGGUGCUUCGACCACUGAAGUCAAAGACCUGAAGCCGAUGAAGACUGGUGCUUUACAACCCACUUUGACAGACAUGGGGGGACUCGUAUGGAUUCAAUCGGGAUUCACCUUUGAGACCAAAUUCGGCUUUGGACGAGGCUUUGUUCGGCUUGCAAAUGUGGGAGAGUCGACAUGGAAAGCUUGGACUGUUUUCACCCAGGUCGAGGAGUUAAAGGGUCUUGACGAGCCCGUGAAUAAGGGAAUCCUGAACUCUAUACCGGCCCCUAAUGGUGUGCAUCUGCCCACGAUACCAAGCGACCAAAGCCUCCAGGUUUUGAUCAUUGGUGCGGGACAAUCCGGACUUGCUUUGGCAGCACACUUGAAAGACCUGGGAAUCAGAGCACUGAUUGUCGACAAGUUACCUCGAGUCGGCGAUUCAUGGAGAAACAGAUACGAUUCAAUUACAUCACACACGCCAAUAUACACUGAUCACUUUCCCUUCAUGAAAUUUCCCUCCAAUUGGCCGAAUUAUCUCGGUCAAAAGAAAAUUUCCAAUUGGAUGGAACACUACAGCCAAAUCAUGGAGCUGGAUAUCAUGCUGAAUACAAUUGUGACGAAUAUCCAAUACGACAAGUCAACCAGACGGUACAAAGUUGAGGCUGAGAACACGGAAGAAGGUGAAAAAUUCUUCACACCUCGACACGUCGUGUUGGCUACAGGGACGUUUAGUGAUAAGCCGAUUCGACCUGAAUUUCCUGGCGAGGAGCUCUUCAAGGGAACACUCUACCACACGUCUGAACACAAGUCUGCGCGUCUGAUACCAUACGUUCACGACAUGAAGGUCGCCAUGAUCGGAUGCGGCACGAGCGCUCAUGACGUUGCACAAGACUUCGUCAACUGCGGUGCAAAGGAAGUCUCCAUCAUCCAACGCCAUCCUAUUUUCUCAUUUUCCACAGAAUCAGUCGCGCAAUUCGUGUAUUCACUAUGGAACACCCCUGGCCUCCACACCGAAGACGCAGACUUGAUUGGCAAUUCUAUCCCGGUGCCCAUUGCGCGUACGAUGAACAUCGGCGCUACACAGAUGAUGGCGAACCAGGACAAAGAAACGCUCGAAGCGCUGGAAAAAGCCGGGCUUGCAUUAAAAAGAGGAGAGGAUGGUGUAGGACUGCUCGACCACCAGCUGAUUAAAGGCGGACACUUCUACAUUGACCAAGGAGCCAAUCCUAUGAUCGUCGAUGGCAGAAUUAAGAUUCUUAGAUGUGAAGACGGAGUCAAAGAGUUCUACGAAAAAGGCUUCAUUCUCGGCAACGGCGAAAAAGUUGAGGCUGACGUCGUUGUAUUGGCCACAGGCUUUCACCGAAACAUCGUGACGGUCAAGCAGAUGAUGGGCGAAGAAGUUGCGGAGAAGGUGGGAGAAAUUGGGUUUCUGGAUGAUGAGCAGGAAAGAAUUGGUUGGUGGCGACCAACGGGUUUUCCCGGCUUCUGGUAUAUGACUGGGAGCUUUCUCUGGUGCCGACAGUUCUCUCAAUUCCUGGCUUUGCAGAUUGCUGCAGUUGAGUGGGGAUUAAACGAUGAGUAUUAUAAGGAUUCUGACAAUUAA